AAACUGCACAGAGAGGACUCUAAAGUGAGAAUCUCCUGAUUUUUCACAAGAUGCUGGACUGGAGAUUGGCAAGUGCACAUUUUAUCCUGGCUGCGACGUUGGUGGUCUGGAGCUCAGGAAAAGUGCUCUCAGUGGAUGUCACAGCAGAGGCCUUUGAUUCUAGAGUCUUAGAUGUUCAGUCACCACCCACAGUCAAGGAAGAGAAAUCAGCCACUGAUCUGGCAGCAAAACUCUUACUUCUUGAUGAACUUGUGUCUCUGGAGAAUGAUGUGAUUGAAACAAAGAAGAAAAGAAGCUUCUCUGGUUUUGGUUCUCCCCUGGACAGACUCUCAGCUGGCUCUGUAGAUCAUAAAAGUAAACAGAGGAAAGUAGUAGAUCAUCCAAAAAGGAGAUUUGGUAUCCCCAUGGAUCGGAUUGGUAGAAACCGGCUUUCAAAUUCCAGAGGCUAAUUGAUUCCAAUCACACAAUUUCCUUGGGUGAAAUGUCACAGAAAUACGGAAGAUGCUGCAGUGAAGUUCUUCACACUCCACAAUGAUUAAACUUCUAAGGAACCUUCUGUAAUCCUUUCCAGAGCUUUAACUUCAGUUCAUCACAUCACAGUAUUGUUGUAACUUCAAUUAAAUUGUGCAGAUAAUUUCAAUGUAUGGAUAUAUUUUAAAUAUAUAUUUUAGUUACUCAUGAACGGUUACUUGGCCCCAAACCUUACUUUUCUAAGAAACAGAAUACAGUGAAACGCUUUCUAUGUGCAUUUACCAUUUACAUAUAUUACUGAAGAAUAGUAACUGAAGACUGAUUUCUUUCAGUAAAAUUUAGGUACAAUCCAGUUGUUCACCAUUGUUCAUCCAGUAAAAUUUAGGUACAAUCCAGUUGUUCAUCAAGGAAAGACAAUGCUAUAUAGUUUCUCUUGAAGUUUUACUUCUCUCGUAUCCUUUGUCUGUGAGGCUCUUGGGUAAUGAUUAUGAAACUAGACUUCUCUUAUAUUCAAAUGUCAAUCCGGUUCAACCAAAUAAAACACAGUCCCAGUUCCAGAAACAAGAGAAAAAUGUCUCUGAGCAGAAAAAAACAGCAGUAAUUAAGCCCAUAAACUUUAUUCUCCCAAUGAACUGAGAAACACUGCAGGCCGGAGUACAUUGACUUAGAACUAGGAAACGAAGGAUAUUACUCAUUUGCCAAGUUUGGCUAUCUCAUGUCCCCUAACAACUUUCCAUUUCUCUAAAUUACAACUUAUAGUUAAUUAAGAGUAGCACUGGCUGAUUAUGAGAACAACUACACACAGAAGUAACAGAUGAAAGUAUGGGGAAGUCAAAGAAUCACCAAGUAGGAAACCACCAAAGCACUUGGGGCCAAUUAAGUUCACCUAAUUGUAGCACAGUAUAUUUUAGCACAUUACAAUAAACAGUCUUUUUGUUGUUAAUCACUCAUCUAAGAAUCCAUUUAAUUUGUUUCAUAUACUGUGUUUAAUAAAGCAUUGAAGAAUAUAUGAGAAUGAUUUCUUUAAAAAGAUUCAAAUUAUUUUUAAUUGGCCUAUGAAAGCAUAAGUUUUGGUAUUCUGGAAAGCUCAACUCUCAGCAAAACUGUGUUGUUCUUGUAAUUUAGAUGCAUAAGCCCAUUGUGCAUUGGAUAUGCUUUCAAAACAUAAAGAUAACUUAUUCCUUGGACCAGAGAUUUAGCAUAAGUCAGCAGAAAUUUAAAAACCCUCUGAAAACACUUCUUUAAACCCUAGUAAUCACUGUCAAACAGACCUGAUAUGUGGGAAGAAAAAAAGUUCGGUCAGCAAAGCAAAGGUUUAUUUUAGCCUAAGAAGGAAGACUGUGAUGAGAAGGUAUAGUCAUAUUAGAAGAAGGGGAGAGAAAUGGGUUGUUGUUGAUCUUACCUAAAAAUGAAUUAAUGUACGAUCCAAAGAACAAAAUAAACUCAGACAUAGAGAUGAACAUAUGCACUUAGAAUACAAAGUGGUUUUGCAUAUAACUUCUCCUUGAGGGGGGAAAUGUUCUAACUGCUGAAAAACUUUAAGCUUAGGAAAAAACUGAAAAUGAAUGAUUCUUUUAAUUGUAAUAGAGGAGCCUUAGCAAAGAGAACUGAAUUUUGAGAAAUCUCACUGAUUCUUCAAUUUCUGUUCAUAAACUUACAUUAGAAAGUUAGUGGUACAUGGACAGAUAUACUGCAGGACUCAUUAUUUGAAAGAAUUAUUUAAGUUAUAAUUGCUCUUGCCCACCUUUCCCAACUUUCUGAUGAAUUAUAGAAAUAUGUCUAAUUCCUUAGAAGCUCUUUCUUUCCUUUUUCUCCCCUUUGGAUAUUUGUCAGCUGCUAAUCCAACUGGGUACUGUUGGUUCACACUUUGACAAAAGGUAUUAAAACCUACUUUAACCUAAAAAUUUCUCAUGAUAAAGAUUUAAAGUUGGAUUAAACAAAUUGAUUUCCUAUCUUCUAUAAUUUUUAAAUUCAAAAUUAUGCCUAUGGCCUCCAUUUUAACUAAAGUAAGAAGUCACAGUGUAUCGAUUUAUACUCUAUUCUAAUGUGUAAUGCAUUUGUCUCAUAGCAUAUACACAAGACUUACAUGAAGAGAAAAAGAAUACACAAGACUUACAUGAAGAAAAAAAGAAAAGUGUUUUCUCCACUUAUAACUAUUUUAUUUCAUAUUUUAACUUUUACCACUACUUUAUACAGAAUAGAAAAUAAGUCAGCGGUAUUCUAGUUUAAAAUAAGGCAUCCUUUUAACAUAGCAGGAAAUUUAAGACAUAAUUUCUGUUAAGAACAUGACGAAUCAUCUCAUCUAUUUGUAUAACCCAUUGUAUAUUACUAAAUCCAGCUAUAUUUCAUUGAAAGUCACCAGCUUAAAGGGACUUUUCAUUUAGUUUCAAAGAAAUAGAUUACUUUUUAUUUUUCUUUGUUCCUGUAAAAAGCUUCAUACAGCAAACUGUGAAUAUGGAUUUCUGAGUUCUGGUGUUAAUUAUAUAACCAGUUUUUCAUGGGGGAUAUUAAUUCCUGGUUACAUACACAAAAAAAAUAUCUAGCAAAUUCUACCUUUAAUCUACAGAUAUCUUUAGGGAAUUAAACUUCUUAAAGCAAAUUAUAAAAAGAAAACAAAUUAUAAACAGAUGACUUUCUCUAAAAGGAAGAAGUAUCAAAACCUUUUUUGAAUGACAUUACCCCUAAAGUUUACAAAUGCAUAAAUAUUGUUCAACUGCUCCAAAGUUAAUAAACGUGAGAUG